AUGGCACCACCCAGGCGGACAAGGUCAUCACCUUCCAUCACGAGUCUCAUCAAUACCAUCACAAGGAACUGGAAACUCAAAUUUGUUCACGAAUGUUUACCAAAGGCACUAUGGCCCAACAAGCAAUCCGAGGCCCGUCAAUGGGGCACCGCUAUCCUCACGCUCCUGAGCCAAAUAUCCGCCAUACCUUCAGCCACCAUAACGGAUUUCCGAUCAAAAGUCCGAAGCGCAAUUAAAACACGACAAGAGAGAAACGGCUCCAUAGCCAGCAGCGUGCGAUGGGUGAAAGCCCCAGACCUCAAAAUGGUCCUAUCCCGUUACACAGAAGAGGCCGCCGCCGAACCAGCAGAACCCGUGAUCCAGCCAAAAGAAACAACCACCACCACGAUCACCAAUAAACUCCCAACCCGCACCAGACGCGGCGGCCCCGUCCCCAAAACACCCAAAACCCCCGCCAUGGAAACCGGCGACGAUGGCGACGACGAAGAAGAAGACGAAGAGGUCCCCUCUUCUCAACCCCUCGCAGGAGGAAAAUACCAAUACCUAACCCACGUGCGCCCCGUAAAAGUAGACCUCAACCCCUCUGCCUCCGUAGCCCGCAAACCCCUCGUCUCACGACCCGCUCUGCGCGGCAGAAAACGCACCCGCGGUAAUGCAGUUGAAGAAAAGGAAAACAGCAUCAUGAUUCCAGAGAUAGUAACAAUGAAAAUCCCACAACCGGAACUCGUUCAUUGCGACCCGGACCCCAGGUUACCAGAUGACACGGGUUUCCUGUCUGAUCUCGACGCGGCUAGUACAGCGCUGGCGACGCGCAAGAAGAAGCGCGCCAAGAGGCUGAGCAGGUUGCAGGUUCAGCGGGUGAGGGUGCCACAUUGGCAGAGGGAUCCGGUGCCUACGCCGCUUGAAGCGGCUACUUCGGCGAUAAUGGAGGAGGGCGUCAAUCGUGUAGAUGUGCCGCAUGAGUGUUUGGAUUUGGCGGGUUUGCCAGAGAUACCCGAGGGGGCGACGGUGACGGAGAGGAUGAUGAUGGAGGAGUUGAGGCUGAGGAUGGAGAAGAGGGUUUGGAGGAUUAGGGUGUUGAGGAUGAGGGAGAGGGAGGGCAGGGGCGAUGAGGUUGUGGGGAGGGGGGAGAUUGAAGCUGAGGUGGAUGAAGAGGCGGAUGGGGAGAUUGAUGUUGAUGGGCAGGUUGAAGAGGUUGAAGAUGAUGUUGAUGUAGACGCAGAUGGGGAUGUGGUGAUGCAGGGACGUGUUCUGAGGACGAGAAAGGGAAGAUAG